AUGACUUCUAAACUACCAAAAGGACAAUGUUCACAAUGGUCAAUAGCUAAAAAGCCAGAAAAUAUUUCAAAAAACAGAUUUGGAAAUUUGUUACCUUAUGACAAUAAUCGAGUGAUAUUGCAAAGCAUACCAGAUGUCAGUUCAUCAAAUUAUAUCAAUGCCAGUUACAUUGAUGGAUACAAUCGAGUAAGAGAAUACAUAGCAACUCAAGGUCCAAAAGAAAAUACAAUUUCAGAUUUUUGGAGAAUGGUUUGGCAAGAGAAUUCUUCUGUUAUUGUGAUGGUUACAAGUUUAGUAGAGAAUGGAAAGAACAAAUGUGCCAAAUACUGGCCAGACGAUAGUAUUUGUCAUGACGAUCUUGAAAUUCUGUUAAGUCAUACAGAAUCUUGCAUGGAUUUCAUUGUUCGCACCAUACUUGUUCGUAAAACAAGUAUAGGAGAAACUAGAAGAGUUAAACAUUAUCAAUUUUUAGACUGGCCUGAUCACAAAGUGCCGUCGAGUGCAUCCUCGUUACUUAUCUUAAUAAGAAGAAUGAGAUCAGAAAAUCCAAAUUUAGAAAGUCCAAUAAUUGUACAUUGCAGUGCCGGAAUAGGACGAUCGGGUACCUUCAUCGUUCUUGAUGCAUUGCUACAACAGACCGAAAGAGAGAAACAAAUUAACAUAUUAAGUUUUGUGCACAAAAUGAGAACUCAGAGAAUUGACAUGGUUCAAAAUUUGGAGCAAUACAUAUUCAUACACGAAACAAUACUUGAAGCAGUGCAGUUUGGAAACACUGCAGUUAUGGCUGACGAUCUUCCUCUUUACGUGAAAAAUAUUUGUUGUAUAAAGGCAGAUGAAAAAAUAUCAAAACUCGAAAGUCAGUUUCAGGUUUUAUCAAAAAUUAAGAAGAGAAUUGAAGUUAAUGAUUGUUCUGAAGCAUUGUCAGAAUUAAAUAUUUUUAAAAAUAGAGAUCUAAUGAUUGUUCCAGAAAACCAGAACAGUGUAAAACUAAAAUCAUUCAAUUCAACUGAAGAUGGAAAUAAUUACAUUAAUGCAAUUACUGUAGAUGGUUAUAAGCAUAAGGAUGCAUUUCUUGUAACACAAAUGCCUCUUCCUCACACUAUUAUAGAUUUCUGGAAGAUGAUAUACGAUUAUAAUUCACCUCUCAUUGUGAUGUUAAAUGAUGGUAAAAGAACAGACGAUCCGUCCAUUGGACAAUACUGGCCAACUGAAGGUUUAGCAAGAUAUCAUUUUUACGAAGUUCAAGUCGUGACUUUUGAAGAUCACGGCACUGUUAUUGUGCGAACCAUUAAACUUAUCAAUACUAUGAAUUCCAGAGAAUCUCCUCGUCGAAUUGUUCAGCUGCAAUUUAAGGAAUGGCCAGAAGAUCAGAUUCUUCCAAAUUCUGUCUCUAUGCUGGCAUUACUAAACCAAGUUGACCGCUGGUAUCGUGGAACAACUGGUGGCCCAAUCACCGUUCACUGCCUGAAUGGGGCUGAAAGAUGUGGUCUAUUUUGCAUUACUAGUUAUAUCUGUGAUCAGUUGAAAACAGAACAUGCACUUGAUGUUUUUAAUACUGUAAAAAAGUUAAGAGCUAAUCGACCUGAAUUCAUUACUUCUCUGGAACAAUACAAAUUUUGCUAUGAGAUUGCACUAGAGCUCAUAGAUUCAUAUUUGUUACACAGGUUAAAUUAAAAUUUUAUUUUUGAAAAUGUUCAUACAGAUUAAGAGCACAUAAUGGUACAAUUCAUUACAAGCAUCUUGUAUUACUUUUUCUUUGUAGAGUGAUAUGAUACUGUGAAUAGAGUGAUAAUGUUUAGUGAAAUCAGAGGAGGGACAAUUGUAAUUUAUCAACAAAAUUUAAUAAAUUUAUAUUAUUUGCACAAA